CUAGAAUUUUAGAUAUUUUUAAUCCAUAUUUGUUCUUGUUCCUGAAGGUGGAGACCCCCAAAGCAACUACAGAAGAUCGUUAAUUCUUUCUCACUUGCCUUUGCCUCAUCUCGUAAUGGCUGCAAUCACAAAUUUCUUAACUAAACCACCUCUUUCUGAUCUUCACUUUGCACCAAGAAUCACUUCUCUUCGCUCUCAUGGUUCUUUUCUGCCAUCAUCCUUUGUUACUAGGCCAAGACCUUUUUCAAUUAAACCAGAAACCAGUACAACAACGCCUCGCUUCAUUACCAAGGCCACUGCUGCUCCCGGGACAAAGGAUGCUCCAAGUGAUGAGAGAGUACGGAAGGUUCACAGCAUCGAGGAAUUUGACGAAGCUCUUAAAAAGGCUAAGAACAGGCUUGUUGUGGUCGAAUAUGCCACUAGCUACAGUUACCACAGCAGCAGAAUUUACCCAUUUAUGGUGGAACUUAGCAGGACUUGCAACGACGUUGAAUUCAUCCUCGUGAUGGGUGACGAAUCAGACAAGACCAGGGAGCUUUGCCAAAGGGAGAAAAUCACCAAAGUCCCUCACUUCAGCUUCUACAAAAGCAUGGAGAAAAUCCAUGAAGAAGAAGGUAUCGGACCAGACCAGCUUAUGGGCGAUGUGUUGUACUACGGCGACAGUCAUUCGGGUGUGGUUCAGCUUCACAGUCGAGAGGACGUGGAGAAGAUCAUCGAAGACCACAAGCUUGACCACAAGCUGAUUGUUCUGGACGUGGGGCUCAAACAUUGCGGGCCUUGUGUCAAGGUGUAUCCGACGGUGGUUAAGCUAUCUAAGCAGAUGGAUUCUGUGGUGUUUGCGAGGAUGAACGGUGAUGAGAACGACAGCUGCAUGCAGUUCCUCAAGGACAUGGAUGUGGUCGAGGUGCCGACGUUUUUGUUCAUCAGAGACGGAGAGAUAUGCGGAAGGUAUGUUGGUUCUGGGAAAGGAGAGCUUAUUGGGGAGAUUCUGAGAUACCAGGGAGUUCGAGUUACUUAUUAAUGGGGGAUCUCAAAAUCAACUAAUACAAAAACAUCGAUUAUUAUA